AUGGGAGCAUCAUCUGCGAAGGAAGGCGUUAUUGAUUAUUGGAUUACAGAUGAUAUUCAAACCGAAUUUUUUUCCAAGACACAAGUUGAUGAAUGCUUAAAAGAAUUUUUUUCAAAAUCGCUUUCUGUUGAUAUCGAAAUUGGUUUAGAGAAACCACCAAUCCAAAUUAGCUGGUCUACAACAAAAUUAUUCUACAGAAUUCAAUUAAUCGGUGAAUAUAAAGAGAGACCCAAUGUGCAAGAAAAGUUUUAUGAUCUAUUGAACCAAUUUCUUAAAAAAAUGCAGUUAAAAGUAUAUGAACCUAAUGAUAAAGUUGUCGAAUGGCUUCAGUCGUACAAAAUGACUGGAAGAAGACUUAAUCUUCUUCAAACACUUUUCAAUAAAGAAUUUGAUGACGUUAUAUCAAUUUUCACACUUAGAACUAAUGGAUUAAAUGUUUAUUAUUUACCUAAAAGACCAUUUAGUACUGUUAAUGCUGAAAAAUUAAUGUAUUUCAUUGAAAAUGAAAUCAUACAAGAAAUAAUACCGUUACCGACUUCAUUCGCACAAUCUUCGAAAAUGGCAGAAGAAUUAGAAAAAAUAAUAAAUGGAGAAGAGGAAGAUAAUCAAAAUAAGGAAGAUACAGAAAAUGAGGAAGAUGAGGGAGACGACGGAGAUGAGGAAGAUGAGGAAGUGAUAGUUAAAUUCAAUAAAUCCUCUUCUCAAGCUAAACAGCAAGAAAUUAUUCUGUAUGGUUAUUGUGAAAAAGUAACUGAAAUAAAGAGAAAAAUUUUAAAUCUUACUGAAAAAUAUACUUUAAUUCCAUACAAAUUAAAUCCGAAACAUAAAUAUCAAAUUGAAUCAUUUGUUGCAUGUCAUCGAAAUCCACUGCAAAAACUUGAAAGAUGGUAUCAAGAUUACGGUGUACAACUACGAUUAGAGUCACAUGAAUUUUCAGCACCUCAACAUUUAAAAGAGGAUAUCGAAUCUAACAUUGAAGAAAUUUUAUCUGAGUCAUCGACAGCUAAAACUUUUCAAACUAUUGAAUUAUUUAAAGACAUAGCUAUAAAAGAAGAACAAUAUUUAAAUAAUAUCGCCGAACGUUGUCGUUGUUAUAUUAAAACUGAAUUAAAACAUAAUUGUCAAUCAUAUCCUGUACCAACAGCAUCGAUAACCAAAAAGCAAGUAUCAAAAUCAAUAAUAGAACAAUCAAAAUUAUUUUGUUCAUCAACUAAUGUAUUCAAAAGAAUGACUGUAGCAAAUGGAUCCAUUGAACUUCGUACAGGAGACAUAGCUUUACAAAACGUUGAUACAAUUAUUAUUUCAACGACAUACAAUGGUUUAAAAGAAGGUGUUAUUGAACGAUUAGGUGAAAUAGAUAAUGAAAUAACUCAUCUAGAAAUCGAUGGUACAAUGUAUACCGAAAUCAAUGGAGGCAAAUUAAAUUGUAAACGUGUUUUAUUUUCUAAUUGGUUGCCUACAUUAUUAAUAAGUAAUGAUGGUGUUUUACGGUUAUCAAUACAAACAUUUGUUUCAAAAUGUAUUCAAUAUACAAUUCAACAUCAAAAUACGAAAUCAAUAGCAUUUGCUGUACCAGAUACAUGUACGAAUGAAAGUAUUUUAGCAGAAGAAAUGAUAACCGAAGUCAAACGACAAUUAGCAACAAAUCAAUUAGAAUUAAAAAUUUCAUUCGUUUGUUUACCUGAACAAGAACCUUUAUACGAACAAUUCUCAAAUCUUUUUCCAACUACGGAAGACGCUUUUAUUUACUUUGAUCAUCCUUCUACAAUAAAACUUACAUGUCCUAAUGAUAUCUUUCAAUUUUGGGAUCAACAUACAAUCAAUAGCUUUUUUAAAUAUUGUAAAGAUAGAUGGGUUUUACCUAAAUUAACCGAAGAAAAAAUUGAAAUAGAAUUAAGUGGUUCACCGCAUGGUAUUGCAGCAAUUAAGAAGAAAUUUCAUCUAUUGUCUGAAUUAAUAAAACGAACUACAAAUCACACGUUGACUAUGGAACGUCCGAGUUCAGCCGUUUCUUUUUCAGUACGGUCAGAUAUUAGUAAAACUGGCAUUGCAAUGGCUAAAUUAUAUAAUAUUGUGAUUAGUUACAGUCAAAAAGAUCAAAGAAAAUGCCGACGUUUAAUUAAUCGAUUAACUGAGGAGGGUUUUUCGAUUAGUACAGAUUUAAAUUCAGCUGAUAAACAGUCGGAUCUAUAUUCUCAAAUGGAAAAAUCCGAUUGUAUCAUCUUAUGUAUUAGUGAAAAUUAUUAUAAUAAUUUGUCAUGUAUACUAGAAGCUAAAUAUGCUUUUCAAACAGAUAAAAAAGUUUUUCUCGUUAAGAUUGAAAAUAUACCAUUACUUGGUUGGGAUAAUGAUCUAUUCGAAGGAAAACUAUUUUUUCAAUCAUUUGGUUCGGAGAACUAUUUCGACUUAGAAUAUGGGCGAUUGUUACUUGAAUUGUUACGUUACACAAAGCCUGGUUUUACUUCUCUUUUACAACGAAGAGUCAGUUGUAGUAUACAAAAUUCUGAUGAUUUUCGAAGAAUGUUAACAGAUGAACAAAAAUCAUUUAUUGAAAACACAGCUAUUCAAAAGUCAUCUAAACCAAAGCUUCCAGAAAUCAUGAGUUCAAAAGGAAAAUUACAAAACCAAUCUAUUAAUAUAUCUAAAUCAGAAAGUGCUUCAAAUAGUUGUGUGAACGCCAGCGUUUUUAAACGAAAAUUGAAUUUUCUCGAAGAACGAUGGCUGAGAAAAUUAGACAAUAUUCACAAACCGCACUUAUGGUUAUUUGCAACUGAAAGAGAAUUCGAUGAUGAGAAUAAACCUUCUUUUAAAAUGCCUCCAAAUAGUUAUAAAAUUUCAAAUUCUGCUGUUCAUUCAGUUUUGUCACCAAGAACUUCUAGAAGAUUUAAUUAUGGAAAAAUGUAUUCGCCUUUGCAGUCAAUAGUUGAACAACCGAUUAGACAAUCUUCAGUGAAUAAGAUAUGGUUACAUGAAGAUCACACAUACGGAAAAUGUACAGAAAAAAUUCAACUAUUUGGUGGCUUAUCUCAAAUAUUUUCUACCGAACAUUCGGUUGUUGACUUCAUCCCACAUCGUACAUCAUAUACAUAUUUUGAUCAAUUUCGUAUGCUACAAUUAGCUGAUGGUGCCUCUCGAACAGAGACAGAAAUGAAAACAUUUGAUGAAUUUCAAAAUCCAGAAAAAGCGAAAUCUAAACGGGAAACGAUUGCUAAUUAUUUUACUGAAAAAUAUAAAUAUACUAAAGAGCAAUUGGACGUAUAUUCAAAAUUUGCGCAACAAAUGAAAGACAAUACUGUAGCAUUUGAACAGUUUUUUUGUAAUGACGGUUCAAAUCCAUGCAAAUUAGACGGAUUAGGUUUACCUAAUUCAUAUUUUUUACCUAUAAAUGGUUAUCAUUGUCUUGAAACUUUUGAUGGUAAUAUUAUUUGUACAUGUCCAGAUAAAUCAAUAACACGUAAUCGACCUUGUCGAAUUUGUGAUCGUGUUCCACAUCCAUGUGGUAGUGGAUCAUCUGUUGUGACAUGUCAUGAUUUAAAUCAAUCUUUUUCAUGUAUAUGUAGAGAUAAACAAGGAGAAUAUGUACUUUCAGAUGAACCAUGCGAUGAAAAUGUUGUGAUACCUUCAAAUGAAAUAAAGUGUACAAAUGGUGGUAUUAGAGAUCCCGAGACAAAUAAAUGCUAUUGUCCAAGUGGUUUUACUGGUAGUCACUGUGAAACUCGAGCAGAUGGUCAAUUGUGUGAUAGAAUUCAAUGUAUGUCAGCUGGUAUAUGUGCAGUUCGUCCUUUAUUUAAUGGAUCAAAAAUAUAUCAGUCAAAAUGUCUUUGUCGAUUAGGUUUUGAUGGAGAUUAUUGUGAAAUACCAAGUAAAAUUGGUUCAUGUACAGCAUCAUAUUGUUUACAUGGUGGAUCUUGUAAUCAACGUACAAUAGGUUCGGAGGAUUACAUUUAUUGUCAGUGUAAACCAGGAUGGUCGGGUUCACGAUGUGAUAAACAAUAUUUUCGUUGUCGAUCAUCGGGAUAUUUCAUUGAUGAACAGAUGAAAAAUCAAGGCAAAUUUUUUUCAUGUACAUCUUUAGAAGAUGAUUAUUUUCUUCAACAAUUAUCGUGUCCAAAAGGUCUUAAAUUUAAUCUCGAAAAAGAAUUAUGUCUUCCAUAA